AUGCCGAGCUGAUCGAGGAAGUCAACGUCUUCAAGUGUCCUCAGUGUAACUCACUAACUCCUCUGCCAGAGCUAAACAGCGUGGAAGAUCUAAAACCAAGUCUUUUACAUUCAAGAAUCCUGAAGGGACUGGCCUUAGCAGAAGGUAGAAAGGUUUGUUCUGUUUCUGAGAAACGCCUUGAUUGACGUCCACCAAAAUCUACUUCUUCGCUACAGAAACAAUCGCUAGAGGGCGCGUGUGAUUGAGAAUGGCUGUAAGAGGUUUGAUAGUAAUAAUAAAAUUGCGGCAAAGUUUCGAUGCUGACGAAGAUAUUAAUUUUUGAAUCUAAGUAUUUUUUGUGGAAUUUGGUUUGAAUUGAACUACGCAACGCUCCCUAUUAUGGACUGUGCCUUUCAAUUUCUGCUUUGUUUUGUUCUUCUUUCUUGAUUUUUCGCUGGAAAGAUAAAGGGUCUGGGUAAAAGGGAAUGUGAGAAUGAUGUCACGGUGGAUUUGACUUCGUAUCACUGUGAAACGAUACGAUAUAUUUUGAUCCAAUCACAGCGCGAGAAAUUAUUGAUACUAUCAUCUGCGUUCCUUUGCGUGACACGGAUUCUUAAAAAUACUGAAAGUGAAGUCACGUGAAUUUCCAAGAAAGACAGAAAAGCCGGAAGUAGUUAACUCCUAUCAACAUGGAAUCGUUUCUUACUGAUCUCAAGAAGCAAGUUCAAUGUUCUUUGUGUUACGAUACCCUUUGUGAACCCAAGAUUUUAAAAUGUUUUCAUACUUUUUGUAAGCCUUGUAUUAAAAGACACGCCGAGCUGAUCGAGGAAGUCAACGUCUUCAAGUGUCCUCAGUGUAACUCACAAACUCCUCUGCCAGAACUAAACAGCGUAGAGGAUCUAAAACCAAGUCUUUUACAUUCAAGAAUCCUGAAGGGACUGGCCUUAGCAGAAGGUAGAAAGGUUUGUUCUGUUUCCGAGAGCCAUUCUCCAGCAUCUUGGUAUUGUUUUGAUUGUGAUCACUCACUGUGUCAAGAAUGUCGAAAUUACCAUUCCUUCUUCAUGAAAGACCACAAGGUCGUCUGCCUGGCGGAUUUGAAGAAAGAAGAUUUUGAACUGAUAAUAACGAGAGAGAAUCAAUGUAAAGCUCACCCUGAUCAGAGGUUAGAGUUCUUCUGCGAAGAAUGUGAUGCUUUGAUUUGCCUGGCUUGCUGGAAACACGAUCACACAGAUCAUAAACUACUAAAGUUAGAUAAGUUUAUCUUAUUGAAGAAGAACGUGUUGGCUAAGCAACUGGAAGUACUAGACAAGUUCAGAAUCGACGAGAGGCACAAAAAAGAACAGGAAGAGAUUGCGAAGACCAUGAAACAAGAUGGAGAACGAGCCAAAAAAGAAGUGAAAGAAAAUACAAAGAAAAUGAUCGAAACUUUACAAGAAAACGAACAAAAACUGCUGAAACAAAUCGACAAGAAAUUGGACAUAGCCACAACAAACUUGAACAUAAUUCAUCACACUCCAGCAGUCAAGGAAUACAUUAAUAGGAUGAUGGAAAAAGGGCUGGCAAGUGAAAUGAUGAAUAUACAAGAAACAGAAUGCUCUGAGGAUUUUGUGUUCUCCCCGCUACCACAUUCAAGGUUUGUCUUUGUUCCAAACGAAGUGUUAGUUCAAAAGGUGAAUACGGGGGUUGGAGAAAUACAAUCUUUAUCAUACUCUAAAACAGAUCAUACGAUGAGCACUAUCCAAGUGGAGUCUGAGCCAGAAGCUUUAAGACAAGGAAAGCUGAUAUUGAUAACCAAAAGCAGUGAAGGCAAGCUAAAUUAUGAUCCAUUUGAUGUUAUAGACGUUAAAAUCAGCCCUGAAGAUGAUGUGGUAACGAAAAAGAAAUYUGUAUCCACUGUUGGUAAAAUAGAAGUGGAGUUCAUGGCUAAAGUAGCUGGUCAACUGACAGCAGAGGUUCAAGUGAAUGGGAAUCAUGUAUCUAACAGUCCUCUAGUGAUGAAUGUACAGCCACAGAAGAUGACAAUAACGAGGCAGUUUAAGAUGAAAGGAUUAAAUACACUACCCAAACAAGUGAAUGGUGUGGCAGUAAAUAAAGAAAAAAAUAGAAUCGCUGUUGCAGAUGAGUUUGCGCACUGUGUGUAUGUGUUCAACACUGAUGGAGAUAUCUUACUCACGUAUGGUGGACAUGGUAGUGGUGAGGAACGGCUAGAUCAUCCUGAAGGUUUAGCAUUUCUGAAUGAUACAGAUUUAGUCAUAGCAGACCGUUGGAACAACAGAAUAUGUAUAGUAGACACUAAAACAGGGGCAUUGAUCAAAGUCUUUGGUAACGAAGGCAACGGGGUUGGAGAGUUUAGUUUUCCACAUGGAGUCCAGGUUGAUGACGAUGGUAACAUCAUCGUGUGUGAUACUGGGAAUCAUCGUGUUCAGGUGUUCACAAAAGACGGUGACUAUMAAUAUCAGUUUGGUUUGACACAAGAGGACAAGUUUUGUCCUAUCAGUACAGUAACACACGGUGGACGGUUUUACGUCAGUGAUUUGGAUAACUACGUCAUUCGUGUGUUUGAGAAGAAAGAUGACGUACCAACUAGAGUGUUGACGAUUUUUGGUAAAAGCRGUGCAGAUGGUCAGCUCUAUGGAUCAUGGGGGCUGGCUAUUGAUAAUGACCAUCAUCUGCUGGUCUGUAUUGACGGAAAUAACUGCAUUGAAAAACUCACGUUAGAUGGUCGUUUUAUUGGGAGGACUUGUGAAGUAAUCAAAAGUCCUGUCUGUUUGGCAGUUAUGAAUGAUGGUCAGUUAUUGGUGACUUUACACGAGGACGGAGUGUACUUUGUGGAGUAGAAGCGAAGAACAAUGUCAUCUGAUUCAUUCAUUGAUUUUCGAUUUUGAGAUAUGGGCGAUCAUGAUGCGCGUUUUGGCGCGAAAGUUUCCGCUAACUAAUGAUUUAGUAUAUGAUUUAGUAUAUGACACGCGAUUUUCUUAAAAGUCAUGCCGGAUCUUCCCCAACUGCAUUAGAUUGGUUCACUUCCUAUCGUAAUAGAACGUGCCAGCGGGCACCCUACGUAUUUUUGUGGAAUUUGGAUUGAACUCCUUUCCGUGUGGGAUGCAUUUAGUAGAACUAAACGGAAAGUGUAUCAGUAAAUUUUAUCUGCUAUGGAAACAUGAUUUUGGGAUUUCUAAUUUUUGUAAUUUUUGAUUCAUUAAAAAAGUACCAUACUUUCA